AUGGCCGCCAAAGGAACGGACGGUGAUUCAUCAAAACCGCCAGAUCGAGUGUUGGGAUUUUACCGCAACGCCACCAUUCUGCUAACGGGAGGGACUGGCUUUCUCGGUAAGGUGCUGCUGGAGAAGAUUCUUCGCUGUCUCGCCGUUCGAAAGGUGUAUCUUGCCGUGCGCACAAAGGAUGGCCACAAACCUGAGGAACGCCUACGCCUGUUGCUGCAGGACGCGCUGUUCGAGAAAGUGCGCGAGAAGUGCUCGAUCGAGCAGCUGCUCGAGCGGAUCGAACCGGUGGAGAUUUCCCUCGAAGCCGACGGGGUUGGAUUGGUUGUGGACGACACCACCGAGGCUCGACUGCUGCAGGAUACCGAGCUCGUGUUCAACGUGCUCGCGUCGGUAAAGUUCAACGAAAGCGUCAAGAAUGCCACGGCCACCAACGUGGGUGGAACGCGUCGAGUGCUUCUGCUAGCUCGCCGUAUGCCUCGACUCCGGGCCGUCGUGCACGUGUCCACGUUGUACUCGAACUGCGACCGAACGGACAUUGAAGAACGCAUCUAUCAGGACCUGCCGGUCAACCCCAACACGGUGCUACAGCUUUCAAAGUUGCUUUCAACGGAACAAAUGGGUGGCUUCCAGGCGUGUCUGCUCGGGGCGCUACCCAACACGUACACGUUCAGCAAGAAGUGCGCCGAGUCGCUCAUCCAGCAGGACUUCGCUGACCUCCCGGUUGGAAUUUUCCGCCCACCGAUAGUGCUUUCGACGUACCGGGAACCGUGCGCGGGCUGGACGGACAAUCUUAACGGUCCGUCUGGGUUGUGCUUGUGGACGGUGAAAGGAUACGUACGCGUGAUAUUCGGCGACGGACGUAAGAGGGCUAACCUGGUGCCGGUGGAUUACUGCGUGAACGCGCUGCUUGUGGCGGGAUUCGACGUGGCUGAGCGAUCGAUUCAUCACCGGCAGACACACGUGGGAUGUGGCAUGGCUGACGCCUGGGAACUGGGGCAAUCGGUGCCGGUGUACAACUAUACAUCUGCCCAACCGAGCCUUACCUGGGGUCGUUAUAUGAGCUCGGUGGCGUUGGGGCUCGAUGGUUGGUGGCGACGAUUUUGCUGGUAUAAUUCAUACACAAUUGUAUCAAACAGAGCACUUUUUCGAGCUCUAUCCCUGAUUUGCCACACGUUUCCUGCCUGCCUGUUGGACGUCGUCCGCCGAAUUCGUGGAAAACCCCCACUGUAUAGGCGGAUGGCAGCGAAGACGAACCGUUUCCUGGAAACUAUGUCCUUCUUUGGACUGCGCGAGUGGCAUAUUGCCAAUCGAAACGUGGUCCGUCUGCGGACGCUGCUGACUGCCGCCGAAGCAACGAUGCUAGAGUUCGAUUUGUCCACCGUCGAUUGGGACGAGUAUUUUGAGGAAUACAUCCCGGGAAUCAAGCGCUAUUUCCUCACCGAAACGCACACUCGUUCUCGGUCUGCACGACCGAAAUGUGCGGCGUGGCAUCGAAGGUUACUUUUCAUGUGCCAACUGCUUCACAAGUUUAUGUGGGUGUUUAUCUGUCUGAAGCUCGGUCACCGGUUGUACGUGGCACGGAACUUGUUUCGAAUCCUAAUUUCGUGA